AAUGUCUCUCCAGAGGACACCUCGAGCAUCGGACCACAUGAAGAACCGCGUUGCACAAAAAAUGUCUCAACAGAGACUAAGCGCCUCGCGCCAAUUGCUAGUGAGUCACUGCUUAUUCUACAACUCUUCCUCUUCAUCAUUUAGGUAUUUCUCCUUCAUCACUAGUUGUCUGUCUAGAAGCUCGUCCACGGUGUUCAGUUUAUUGGGCAAGAGUCGCUAGAGGGGAACGAUGUCAUGCUGGUGAACAAAUUUCAGAAGAAUUACCAGACUUUGGUAGUAGCCUUCCAAGUCUGUGUCUGGGUUCGAAAGAAAGAAAGAGAAAGAAAGAAGGGGAAGAAGAAGGAUUGGGAGGGGAGGGUAAUAAUGUAAUUUUAUUUUU